AUGGCAAAGUCAAAGCCAACUCCGGCACCACCAUCUGGGUGUGCGUCCCAAGAGUUCAGCGAGACGGAUCUUCUCGGAAAUAUCAUUGAAGGUGCUGGUGGAAAAUGUAAUAGAGAACAGAGCAGGAGUCUGCUGGAGCCCUUGGUGGAGGGUCUCCUGAGAGGGAACAAGUUCUUGCUGGUGUUGGAUGAUGUUUGGGAUGCUCGGAUCUGGGACGACUUGCUCCACAAUCCUUUGCAGGGAGGAGCAGCAGGCAGCAGGGUGCUGGUGACCACCAGAAACGCAGGGAUCGCGAGGCAAAUGAAGGCGGCCCACGUCCACGAGAUGAAGCUGCUGUCUCCGGAGGAUGGCUGGUCCCUCCUGUGCAAGAAGGCGACGAUGAACGCAGAGGAGGAAAGGGAUGCCCAAGAUCUCAAGGACACAGGCAUGAAGAUUGUUGACAAAUGCGGAGGGCUUCCCCUGGCCAUCAAGACCAUCGGAGGGGUCCUCUGCACCAGAGGACUCGACAAAAAUGCGUGGGAGGAAGUUCUCCGCAGCGCCACAUGGUCACAGACCGCGCUUCCCGAAGGUGUGCACGGAGCACUGUAUCUGAGCUACCAAGACUUGCCGUCCCAUCUCAAGCAAUGCUUUCUCUACUGUGCCUUGUUCAAAGAAGACUAUAUGUUUCACGGACCUGAAAUCGUCAUAUUAUGGAUAGCCGAGGGGUUUGUCGAAGCACGAGGAGAUGUCAGCUUGGAGGAAACAGGGGAACAAUAUUACAUAGAGCUGCUUCAUAGGAGCCUUCUGCAAUCGCUGCAACCUUUGAGUCUGGACUACGAUAAUUAUUCCAAGAUGCAUGGCCUGCUGCGUUCGCUCAGCCAUUUCCUAUCGAGAGAUGAGAGCUUGUGCAUUAAUGACGUGCAAAACGAGUGGAGAAGUGGUGCCGCCUCGAUGAAGCUGCGUCGGUUGUCGAUUGUGGCCACUGAAACCACGGACAUCCAGCAUAUCGUCAGUUUGACCAAGCAACAUGAGUCGGUGAGGACAUUGUUGGCGCCGAGAACAAUUGGAUAUGCGGAGGAUAUUGACGAGUACUUGAAGAACUUCGUGCGACUUAGAGUCCUGCAUCUUAUGUUCACAAAUAUCAAGAUCCUACCGCACUACAUCGAAAAUUUGAUACAUUUGAGAUACUUGAAUGUGUCUUAUACCGAUGUAACGAAGCUUCCAGAAAGCAUAUGCAAUCUAAUGAAUUUACAGUUUUUGAUCCUCAGAGGAUGUAGACAGUUGACACAGAUCCCCCAGGGUAUGGCUAGACUAUUCAAUCUAAGGACACUCGAUUGUACAUAUACACAGCUGGAGAGCUUACCAUGUGGAAUAGGAAGGUUGAAGCACCUCAAUGAACUCGGAGGAUUCGUGAUGAACACGGCUACUGGUACGUGCCCAUUGGAAGCGUUAGGCGGCCUCCAGGAGCUCAGAUACCUCUCCGUUUACAAGUUGGAGUGGGCAUGCAUGGAGGCUGAACCAAUAAGGGAUACAAGCGUCUUAAAGGGUAACAAAAAACUGAAGCAUCUACGUUUAAAUUGCUCAUCCAGAUCGACAUCCGAUGGUCUCAGGGAGGAAGAGAUUGAAAGAAUGGAGAAGGUGUUGGAUGUGGCACUUCAUCCACCAUCGUCUGUUGUUUCGCUCAGGUUAGAGAUUUUUUUCCUUCUCUGGUACCCAAGCUGCAUGGCGUCUGCAAGCAUCAGUUCGCUUCUUCUAAACAUAAGCCGCUUGGAACUAAUUGACUGCACUGAUUGGCCACUACUUCCACCGCUAGGAAAGCUCCCCAGCUUGGAGUUUCUUUUCAUACGAGGUGCACGUGCAGUGACCACCAUCGGACCGGAAUUUUUUGGGUGUGAAGCUGCUGCUACUGGUCAUGAACGGGAACGGAAUUCAAAGCGCCCUUCUUCUUCUUCUUCUCCUCCUCCUUCGUUGUUUCCGAAACUAAGGCAGCUGGAACUCUGGAAUAUGACUAACAUGGAAGUGUGGGAUUGGGUUGCGGAAGGUUUUGCUAUGCGUCGCCUCAAAAAAUUGGUCCUCGGAAAUUGCCCCAAGUUGAAGUCUCUACCGGAAGGCCUGAUCCGACAGGCAACCUGCUUAACCAAAUUGGAUCUGGCCAAUGUGUGUGCUCUCAAGUCCAUCAGAGGUUUCCCUUCUGUGAAACAACUGAGUAUACGUGGUAAAUCAGAUCUGGAGAUUGUUACUGAUCUCCCUGCACUGGAAUUCUUGAAGUUGGGCACGUUUGGGCGUCUCAACAAUCAUUUACCAGAGUGGUUGGCGGCUUGCCCUGCAUGCUUCACCACGCUCCAGAGACUGGACGUAUGGGGAACCACCCAACUCCUCCGCAGAUGCCUCCAAAAUGGCGCAGACUGGUCCAUGAUCAAACACUUUGCAAAUUUUUCCAUCAAUGAUAACCAAGGCAAUUAUAUAAACUACAUCAAGCAUUCCGGCACCUUCGAGACAAACCUAGACGAUGCUGCUGCUGCUGCUGCUGUUGCUGCAAAGGAAGAAGGCAUCAAUGUGCUUUGAGGGAGAACGACAUCAUUCACGAUGUUAUAUUGGCAGUCAUGUCUAAUAUGAUCAUUGCAAAUGGUGCUGACCAUGGAAAGUCGGAGACUUUUGAGAGGAAGUGCAGAUCGAGAGGUUGGUUGUGACUCAUACUACAUUCCUAUAAUAUGGUGAUAUCAGCGCGAUCUGGUGGACAACUUAUUUUGGCUUUCUUUCUCUCUCUGUUUCAUAUAUUUCUUCUACUACAACUACUGAUAUGAUGAUCUCAUUGCAAUCUGUUGCAUAUGUACGGUAUAUUCCACCAUCUUAGAAAUGGGAUCGCCACACAUCGCAAAAGCAGGUAUAUUCAUGGUGAUGUAUCCUGUUCCUCAAUCAUCAUCAUCUUCGACAGCCGCGUCUUCGUCUUCAUUGUCAUCAACUAAGUUCAUCGCUAAGGUGUAGGAUUGUUUGAUGUAGUUCAUGUAAUUGUGUCGGUCGUCUUUGAUGUAAACAAUCGGAAGGUGUUUGAUCUUGGACCAGUCCUUCGCGUCCUUUUGGAGGCACCUGCGGAGCAGUCGAUUGCUGCAUUCUAUGUCCAGUCUCUGGAGCGCAGUCAAGCAUGGGAGACCUCCCAGUAGCCACUCGGGUAAAGAUGGAACAUGCCGCCACCUCUCCAACUGCAACACCUCCAGUUCAGGGACAUCGGUGACGAUCUCCAAACCUGAUUCACCACAUACCCUCAAGUUCCUGACCGAAGGGAAACCCCUGAUAUUCUUGAGAGCGCCGACGUUCUCCAAGUGCAAUGUGGUCAGGCAGGUGGCAUGACGACUCAGGCAUUCCGGUAGAGACUCCAACUUGGGGCAAUCGGCGAGGAGCAUACAGAUCAUGUGUUGUGGAAUUACUGUAGAACUAAGAUGCAGACCUGUGAGUCUGUCAA